GCUCCCUCUCUCGGUCUCUCUCUCUCGGUUGCUCUCUCUCUCGGUCUCUCUCGGUCCCUCGGUCUCUUUCUCUCUCGGUCUCUCUCUCUCUCUCGGUCUCUGGGUCUCUCUCUGUCUCUCUGUCACUCUCUCUCUCGGUCUGGCUCGCGCUCCCUCUCUCUGUCACUCUCUCUCGGUCUCUCUCUCUCUCUCUCGGUCUCUCCCCCUCCCCCCGUCUGUCUCUCGGUAUUCCAGAGUACAACUGACCGUCGGUGAGAGUCGGUCCUCUGUGUGUCAGUUGGGUGUGUAUGAAGGAGCCCGGUAGUUUGCAGCGAUAAGUUGUGUAUUGACGAUACGUUGUGUUAUUUGGAAGGGGGCAGCAGCGGCAGAGACAGAUAAAUCUCUGUCACAGUGGACCAUUUGGUAUGUCGCUAUGCAGACUGGCUGGAGCCAGUGAGGAACUGGAGGACUGAAAUACAGGCUAUGACUUGUUACCUCGAAAAACUUCCGCAACAAAUAUGGAAACAGCGUUUUGAAUACAGCACUUGAGAGGAAUGACUUUUGUCGGGACUGCAGCGUCUCUCCGCGGCGGGAGCUGGAACAGAGCAGGGCUCAGGGCCGUGUGGACUAUUCCCUCUAUGCUGCUAUGCAGACAGGCUGGAGCCACAGCCUGACUGAAGCCCAGAAAACAUUUUGCACAGCCAUAGCAACACAGCGCUCCGCGAGCGGCGGCGCGUGGAGGACCCGGAGUGACGUCAGCGCUGUAUAAUUACAGCCGGACUCAUCCGCGGCGGGACUACCUCUCGUGAAUGCGGGGCUUGUCUGUAAAUACUUGCAGGUUUGCAGUUCAGACUCUCUGGAGCCCGGAGAGCUCCCGCUAUACUCCCGGCACCACAUCCGCUGCACGGCGAGGCGACGCGGAGACGGCGCUGCGCAGGUGGGCGCUGUGCGCGAUAGCGACGUUGUUCCGUCUCAAGCGCUGCGCUCUACAGGGGACUGUGCUGCAACCGCCGCCUGUUCGAGGGCUGUUUUUCGCUUCACGUGUCCGUGUGUGCUCACGCUGCAACUGGAAUAUCACCGAUGCGCUUAGUUCUCUACUGGAAUAUCACCGACGCGCUUAGUUCUCUACUGGAAUAUCACCGACGUGCUUAGUUCUCUACUGGAAUAUCACCGACGCGCUUAGUUCUCUACUGGAAUAUCACCGACGCGCUUAGUUCUCUAAUGCGCGUUUUUAUGCGUAGCGCACAUAAACCCGUGAUCUUCUGUGCAACACAGCUCGGCUCGGGACUUGUUGAACACAGAUAAAUGAGCUGUGCAGGAGGCUGUUGCUGAACUGUUUACUUUCACGAAGUCUACGUCACCUUAGACCAUCUUUGAGUUUGGUGAAGUCUGUGUAGGUGUGCAUUUGUUUUGUGGGUUUACGCUGAGUGUACAGAAAAGAUGAGGAAUCCCCAUCUGUUAGGCCUUGCAGACGACUGGACCAAGUCGGUCAGUGGUAACCAGUCAGCAGCGUCUGUGGUGGCAGUCCCCAGCGUGAACAAGAAGUUCAAAAGAAAGUCCCGUGAGCCGAAGCGGCUGUGCAAAAGCAUCACAGACCAGCUGGCAAUGAAAAGCAUCAGACGGACAGCGGAGGAGGACUCUGCACACGAUGCCUGGGAGGAAGCCUGUAACGAUAACCAUCUGGCUCCGGUGCACAGACAGCUGAUGCCACACAAACCAAUGCCCGGCGCUCUUUUACCAGGAUUACCGGAGGGCAAACCGGUCAUUACGUCAUCUGUCUGUCAGAGUGGCGCCAUAGACAUGAGGAUCGGAAGUAAUGUUCCAGCCAUUAUGGCAAAACUCUCCCAAAUACCUGUCUCUCCGUUUGCUAACACACACCUUUCUCCCCGCCAAUGUACCGGUUCCCAAUCCCAGUCGAGUAGCCACAAACUGAGUCUUACCUCGAACUUCCCACCUGUGACACCAGCCAAUACCAGUCAGGAUGACCCAUCCCCAUCCACGCACCAACCCUAUCCAUACCUCAGUGACACCUCCCUCUCCAACCGGCUGAGAGUGAACCAGGCUUGGGGAGAGAGAGCCAUACCUUUGGUACUGCCUGGAGCCUCCCAGACGCAGCCUAAUGGAUCCACUUCUGAGCACCAGGCCGACUCAGCCAAGGAGUCGCUGAGGAAGCGCAUGGGGGUUGGGGCUGAUCCGUCCUCUGGGCGUGUACCGGAGAUCAAAGCCCUGCAGCAGACCCGCAGGCUGCUGGCCAACGCCCGGGAGAGGACCCGCGUCCACACCAUCAGCGCCGCCUUCGAGGCCCUGAGGAAGCAGGUGCCAUGCUAUUCCUAUGGCCAGAAGCUAUCUAAGCUGGCUAUAUUACGUAUAGCCUGCAAUUACAUCUUGUCCCUGGCCCAGUUGGCUGAACUGGACUACAGUUCGGACCACAACAGUCUGACCUUCUCUCAGUGUGUGGAGCAGUGCACCCGGACGCUGCAGGCUGAGGGCAGGAGUAAGAAGAGAAAGGAGUGAUUCUUCUGAAUGGAGCAGAGGGGGUUUGGAGGUCCCGGGACAUCCUAUCUGCUUCCCCAGUCCUCUCACACCACCUCAGGACCAUGGACACCCACAGAAAAACAAGAGCACGCAUUGAGAUGGAAAACAGAGGGACAGAGGAGAGCAGAGUUGAGGAAUCGAACAGAAACAGAAGAUUUAAAAGAGGGAGAAUGUGAAAGGAGAAGAAAAGAGACAGAGAAGGGGAUCAUAUGGGAGGAAACAAAAGCAAGUGCAGAGGAUAAGACAACUGAAAGAAAGGGGAAUACAUGAUUUAUUAUGUACAACUAUUACUGGACUGAAGCUGUACUGAAGGCAAGGCUUAUCAGGAUGGAAGGCAGCUGUCAGGCCACCAGAGACCAGACCACCAGAACAUUACCCAGCUCUGACUGAGGGGGAUUGAGACAUUUAGAUAUGAUCGAAUCUGAUUAAACUUUAAUCAAACUUUAAUCUUGGCCCAUGUAAAGAUUGGUGAAUUUUUUUUGUCUUCUUCAGAACUUUGAAAACAGAAUAAGAAGACCUACAGAUCUUACAGCCUGUAAAGUGACCAGGCCAGAAGUAUGCUAGCUGUAAAGUGACCAGAUCAGAAGCAUGCUAGCUGUAAAGUGAACAGGCCAGAAGUAUGCUAGUUGUAAAGUUAUCAGUCCAGAAGCCUGCUAGCUGUAAAGUGAACAGGCCAGAAGCAUGCUAGCUGUAAAGUGAACAGGCCAGCAGUAUGCUAGCUGUAAAGUGAACAGGCCAGAAGCAUGCUAGCUGUAAAGUGAACAGGCCAGGAGUAUGCUAGCUGUAAGCAGAACUGGCCAGAAGUAUACUAGUUGUAAAUGUGCAAAACUGCAGUUUACUGGCCCGCUUAACACUACAACACAUCUUCAACUCCCCCUGAAUCCAUGCCCAACUUCACCACUCACACAUCUGUGAACAGGGCAGAGAAGGCAUGUAGGUGUUUGAGUAAAUCAUGCAGGCCUUGAAGAAUGUGUGCACCUGGUUAGCUGACAGACAUCCAGACAUUUGAGACACAUAAUAUUUGUUUUGAGAAUCAAACUUCAGUCAUAAAGAUCCAGCUGGCUGUCCCGUGUUGAGGAUGACUGAGGACUGACUCACAUCCUCGUCAGCAUUGUGUUCAUUGUUUACAGAAAAAUAAGCUAUUGUACAAGUGCCUCAAUCUUAGCUUUAAAAACAAGUUUAGGAGAAACUAAAGCCCGGUUUAAACAAUUUCAUUAUUUGAUUAUUACAAUUUGAUUAUUUAUUAGCUAAUACAUGGUCCUUGUAAAUGUUACACUUUGAACUGUAACAUUGACUAAAACUGUUACAUGCUCAGUAUUGAUAGUAAAUCUGCAACAGUGCUGAUGUGAUAUUGUGAUUUAACAGCUUCACAUAGGACAUAACGUGCUACUAAUUAGACUCUGCAUAGCAGUGACAUGCUUUCUGUGCAUACAUGCUUUCUGUGCGUACAUGCUGCCUCCAAUGGCCUGCUUGUUGUUCCAUUUAUGUCUUCCGUUUUUUCAUCUUUUUUGUUUUCUUUUUGUUGGAUUUUCCCCCUUUUUCUCCCUAAUUGUACUUGACCCAUUACCCCACUCUUUCGAGCCGUCCCGCUACUCCACCCCCCCUGUCGAUCCGGGGAGGGCUGCAGACUACCACAUGUCUCCUCUGAUACAUGUGGAGUCGCCAGCUGCUUCUUUGCACCUGACAGUGAGGAGUUUCACCAGGGGGACAUAGCACGUGGGAGGAUCACGCUAUUCCCCUCAGUCCCACCCUCUCCCUCGAACAGGUGCCCCGACUGACCAGCGGAGGCAUUAGUGCAGCAACCAGGACACAUACCCACAUCCGGCUUCCCACCCGCAGACAGAAGCUAGACAGCUGCUAGAAGCUGCUGUGAACCGAAGUCAAAUUCCUCGUGUGCGUAGGCACACUUGGCCAAUAAAGUUGAUUCUGUUUCUAGCAAGUCUUCUCUUAGAUGGCUAGGCUUUUAUAUGUACCCAACAGAUGUGACCUAAAUGUUGUCACUAUGCUACGUAUUGCCCAGCAGCUCUUGAAACAGGUAUGGAUGAAGUCGCUUGUUGGUAUAUUCAGAUACAUGAUGUCCAAUGUUAUUAAA